UAUCAUUAUCUCACCUGACAAAACUAGUACCACCUUUCAUCUCUUUGCCUAAAACCACAUUCAUAACAAAAAUUGUCAUAUCCAAUCAUUAAUCUACGAACUCUCAGAAACCAUUCUUGUUUAUAUAGUAUUUUUUUUGAUCAAACUCAACAAAAUUUAACACAUUAAGUAGAUUAGUGGAAUAUUCUUUUCUUAAUCCUUUAUUGCCCAGCCACUCUGUAUUGAAUUUUUUUUGAGUCCAACAAACAAAUAAAACAAAACCCAACAACAUUACCUCACUCAAACCACCAUUCAAACACAGAGAUCCUCAAACAUAAAACCUCAAAAUCUUGUUCUUUUUUUCUCUCUCUCUCUCUUUGAGCUAAAACUAUAAUCAUGGAUGAUCCAAACAACAAAGACUCUUCAUCUUCAUCAUCUUUAUUAUCACAACCUUUCUUACCAAAACCCUCAAUAAUCACAACAUACCCAACACUAGAAGACCAAGAUUCAAACCAAGAAUCUGACUCAAAUCAACAAUACCUUCACAUCACAUACAAUCAUGGUCCACGUUCCUUCAAAGACUUACCUUUUCUCAUCCUCUUUCUUCUCUUCGUUCUCUCCACUUUCGCCUUUGGAAUCUUCUCAAUCUUCCAUAGAAACAACAAUUACUCAACUCUUAAUUCUUAUACCUAUGACACCAGCACAACCUCUUGCAUCAACCCUUCAUUUUCAUCCAAUUUUUUCACCAAUAAUUUUCUCUCUUUAUCAUCACCUUUUGUGAAAGAUUUAAUAUGGACACUUGUUAUCACGUUGAUUUUGAGCUUACCCAUUUGCUGGUUGUUGCUUCUUUUAUUGAAGCAUUACACCAAACACCUUGUCUACGCUUCGAUACCGUUUUUUAUUCUCAUACCAAUUUUUCUCAAUGUUUACUGGUUUGUUGCUUGCACUAUUAAGACUUCAUGUAGUGAAAAUUUUCCUAUGGUGUAUAGAAUUUUGGUGUUGGUUUUUGUUUUUUUGGUGAUUGGUGUGAUUGUGUGGAUUCUUGUGAUAAAUUGGCACCGUGUGGAGCUUACUGUGAGUAUAAUUGGGGUUGCUUCCGAUGCGCUUUCGUGGAAUAUGGGUUUGUUUGGGGUGCUUCCUUGUUUGACAAUUGGGCUUGUUGUGUAUUACGUGCCGAUUGUGGUUUUUCUGGUGUUUGCUAAGUAUAAUGGGAAGGUUGUUCCUAAGAAAUUGCAUAGUGAAUAUGAAUGUGUUUGGAAGGAGGAUUCUUGGGUGCCUGCUUAUUUUGCAUUGGCAAUACUUACUAUGUUGUGGUCAGCUGCAGCUAUGCUUGAAGCUCAGGUUUAUGUUAUUAGCGGGACUAUUGCUCGAUGGUAUUUCACUAAGGAUUUUGAGGCUCCUACAAAGAGUAUUAGAACUUCUCUCAGAAAUGCUUUCGGUCCUUCUUCUGGAACAAUAUGUUUGUCGGGAUUGCUUAUCUUUGUUGUUCGAGUGGUGCGUUCUGUCGUUGAUAAUGCAAGACAAGAGGCUGCUCCCGGACUAGUGAACAUUGUAUUGCGGUGCUGCGUAAAUGCCUUACUGACAGCUGUUGAUUUUCUUAAUAAGUUUACUAUCAACUUUGCUGCAAUAACCGGUGAAGCUUACUGCUCAUCUGCAAGAAUGACAUAUGAACUUCUAAGACGUAAUCUUCUCUCUGCUGUUUUUGUGGAGACCAUAUCAUCUCGCCUUCUGGUUGGAAUUGUUUUUGUCCUGUCAGCAAUAUACACAAUUGUGGUCUGUGUUAUCUUAAAAGCUGCGACCAAUCUCGGGUCUGAUGCAUAUUUUGUGGCAGCGGCAGCAUGGCUACUACUGAUAAUAGUGCUGGGUUUCCUUGUGCAUGUGCUCGACAUUGUAAUUGACACAAUUUAUGUCUGUUAUGCCAUAGACAGAGACAGAGGAGAGGUUUGUAAGCAAGAUGUUCACGAGGUUUACGUUCACCUUCCCAUAAGUAGAAGUCUCAGACAAUCUAAUAUUACAAGAACUUUAGGUGUAUAAAUAAUUCUUAGGAUUCAAAUGUUUUUGAAUCCUUGGAAAGCUAUUUUGAGGACAGUGUGAAGUUAGAAUUUACUGUAAGCUUGUUGUGCAUACUUUCGAAUGUUUCUUCUAUAAAUUUUGUUUUACAAUUUUUACAUAAAAGGGUAAAUUUUUAGCUACUUUGGAAGUUGACUUCAGUUUUUAGUGUAACCUGUAUCAUGUGUAUUUUGUAUGGGGAAAAGGCACUAGUUCACAUUACUAAUAAAAAUUAUUGUUGGAGGACUAAGCAAAAUAACAUCUUGUUCUGUUA